GGGGGGGUCGUCCUCACAGCCCCCAGCACACCGGCCCAUGGUGCCACACAAAGAGAGGCUGAAGCUGAGCUGCCCUCGACUGACAGAGAGAAGGAGGAGGGUGAAGCCAGAGGAGCGAGAGGCGGUGAAUGUGGAGCGGAGGGAGCAGGGAGAGCUACUACAUCCUCCCCUAUUCUCUGCUUUAUCUGGCUGCAGCCCCUCCAGCAUGAAGCCGCCUGAACCGCUUUCUGGUGUUCCCACCCCAGGUGUCACUUCACCUGCCAGACUUCUGUCUGACAAACCCAAGACUACGGCGACCAAAUUCAGGACAGAGCGGGCCUCAAACACUGGCAGAGGUCCGGAGGAGAGCGGCACAGCUUUUGACAAGCAGGAUGUUUACAUUCCAAUGGACCCAAUAUCUGCUACAGCCCCCAGCCACAAGCCCCCGCAGACCGAGGGGCAGCAGGACGCCAUCAAGACGACACAAGAAUCGUUGACCACUGACAGCAGACCUCUCUCUGUCCGCCACGAGGGGGAAGACGGGUCAGAAGAACCGGACAGCCGCUCUCAGAUGGCCCCCCCACUCCCUGCUGCCUGCAGCCCCGCACCACCAUGCUUUGUGGAGAGGCUGCAAGCAGAGGACUUUCUAGAGACAGAGCCUUGUCGGACCUGGGGGAGCAGGGUUUUACCUCUGGUAGAGACAGUCUCCAGUUUCAAACCCAGCAAGUAUCAGUCACAGCUGAUGCUCAAGCACAACAAACCCCUGGAGGUGGGGGUCCUGCGAAGGGUGAAGGAACUCCUGGCCAGCACAGACCCUCAUACUGCCGCCAAGAUCAUCACCAAGGCAGACUGUGAGGUGGCUAGGAUUUUGGGUAUGACACCAGAGCUGCAAAGGAUGAUGGGAGUAAGCUGUGGAAUGGAGCUACUGACAUUACCACACGGCCAGCAGCUGAGACAAGACCUGCUAGAGAGGCUUCAGACCAUGGCCAUUACGCUGGCUGUGCACGUGCUGGGCUGCACAGGCACGCAUGAAGAGCGCGCUCUUCUGCUUCAGAAGAUCAUCCAGAUUGCUGCAGAGCUGAAGAGCACGACAGGAAACAUGUUUGGCUUUUCAGCCGUCAUGACAGCCUUGGAGCUGCCUCAGAUGUCUCGUCUGGAGCAAACUUGGGCGGUGUUACGACAGCGACACACAGAGGGCGCCAUCCUUUACGAGAAAACUCUACUGCCCUUUUUUAAAAGCCUGAACGAAGGAAGAGAAAGCUGCCCGCUGGCCAACACCACUUUUCCUCACAUCCUCCCCUUUCUUACACUGAUGGAGAGAAGUGACGUGGGGAGUGAAGGAAAAGAGCCCUGGGACAUGGCAGAGGGUGGGGUGGAUAUGGUCAUGAAUCACCUCGGAGCGGCAAGAACCUUCGCUCAGCUGGGACCCAUCUACAGAUCCAACGCUCAAACUAAACUGCAAGGUUUCCAGGCGCAGCCAGAGAUCCAGGAGAUCUUUCUGACUGACUUCCAGAUGAGGCUGCUGUGGGGGAGCAGGGGAUCUGAGGAGAAUCAGGCACUGCGAUACUCCAAGUUCAACCAGGUCCUAACUGUGCUUUCCAACAAGCUACAGCGGUACUAGCCCCACAGUCAGAGAAUAAGGCACAGGUCACCACCACUACUUGGUUAAUGGUUAAUCCACUCAUGUUCCUUUGUUUGUAAGGCCUGUGAUAUGACAGCUGAGGCUUCAGAGAAAUUCAGAGGAUGUCUGUCACAGGAAUUGGGGAUCGCCAUCCCUUCUGCAUUUUCUGCCUUAACCUCCUAAACCCCAUGUUGUGCCACAGAGACAGUAGCUGAAGCUGAACAGAUUUUGAGUCCAUGUCAGCUAGUAAGACAGAAUUAACCCUAACCACACACCAUUGCAGUUUAACUGCAAUACUAAGAUCCAGUUUUAUGUAAUUUCUUUUAAGUAAAGGAUUUCCUUGUUUCUGAGCAAAGAUUUUUGAAAACCUUUAACCCUUUUCCUUCAGAUCUGAAAAACUUGACAGUACCUUCUUUAACGAUAUGGACCUUAAUAAAAACAUUUGUUCUACCUU